UUUUUUUUUUUUCCUAGCCAAGAAAACAAAUCUGAAGCUUCUGGGGUCUCUAACUAUUUUGGUGGAGUUGUAAAGUAUGUUAAAGUAUGAGUUUAUUUUUUAUGGUAAUAACAUCUUGGUGUGUUUCUUGUGUCACAAAGGUUAGUGGUAUUUAUUUAUAACUCAGGGGAUGGGUAGUUGUGAUCAGGGUUGCAGACGAAGGGUGAGAGGCCACAGUGGAAAGUUGGAGCGGGGAAAUUAGGAGAAAGCACUUGGGUAGUGGGAAGUCCUCAAUAGGUUGAAGGAUGGCCAAUAUGAGACAGCUGCCUCCUAGGAAAGUAAUAGUCACUAUUAAUUUUUAGAAUGGCACAGAUAGUAAUCUCUACAAGAUUUCUAGGGUGUAUGUUUUGGCAGUCGGAAGUAUACCAGGGGCAUGGGCUGAGCAAACAGCAAGCUCGACGGGGAAUCCAUAAUAUCCAGGAUAUCCCAUGUGCGUUUGUCAGUACCUUAGGAGAGGCAGUCUGUGGGCAGCCUUGGGGCAACGGUCUCAGUGUCCGGGUGAAGUCCUCACCAGUGCAGAGGGUGAUGUGGUCUGAGGGUGUGGGACUGGAGUAUCCUCAGGUGGAUAGCCAUUUGAAUUGAUGUGGCUCAUGUAGUUAAUAAGGUUUUAGACUGAUUUCCAAUUAAGAUAGCUGUAGCUGAGAUUAGAGUUUCAGCACUAGGCUGUAGGCAGCCUCUCUCCCCCCUCCACCCCAAGUUUAGCCAGUAACUGUGGGCCUUUGCCUCAGUUGUCCAUUAGGUUGGUGAUGGGCCUGUAGGGCAAUCAGUAGUUAUCAGGUCCCAAGAAAGUGUGUGCUCUUGAUUUGGGCUCCAGCCCUCGUGGGAUGGGGGAAGGAUCAAUAAUCCGUAAAGCCUUAGCUAACCAAAAGGUCAGCAGUUUGAACCUACCCAGUGGCUCCAUGAGAGAAAAGACCUGGCAAUCUGCUCUUGUAAAGAUUGUUGUGUGCUGUUGAAUGGGUUCCGACUCAUAGUGACCUUAUAGGACAAAGUAGAACUGCCACAUAGGGUUUCCUAAUCUAUAUCAAGCUUACCUAGGGACAAAAGACCUAGGGAUCUGCUACUGUAAAAAUUACAGCCUAGGGAACCCUAUGGGGGCAGUUCUCCUUUGUCCCAUAGGGUUGCUCUGAGUUGGAAUCCACUCGACGUUACACAAUGACAUAUAUGUGAGGUGCCAUCAAGUUGGUUCCAACUUGUAGCAACCCUGUGCACAACAGAAUGAAACAGUGCCUGGUCCUGCACCAUCCCCACAAUUGUUGCUAUGCUUGAACCCAUUGUUGCAACCACUGUGUCAGUCCACCUCAUUGAGGGUCUUCCUCUUUUUUGCUGACCCUCCACCAAGCAUUAUGUCCUUCUCCAGGGACUGACCCCUCCUGACAACAUGUCCAAAGUAAGUGAGAUGUAAUGUUGCCAUCUUUGCUUCUAAGGAGUAUUCUUGUUGUACUUCUUUCAAGACAGAUUUGUUCAUUCUUUUGGCAGUCCAUGGUAUAUUCAAUAUUCUUCUCCAACACCACAAUUCAAAAGUGUCACUUCUUUUUCAGCCUUCCUUAUUCACUGUCCAACUUUUGCAUGCAUAUGAGGCGACUGAAAACACCAUAGCUUGGGUAAGGCGCAUCUUAGUUCUCAAGGUGACAUCCUUGCUUUUAAACACUUUAAAGAGAUUUUUUUUUGCAGCAGAUGUACCCAAUGCAAUGUGUCUUUUGAUUUCUCAGCUGCCGCUUCCAUGGGUGUUGAUUGUGAAUCCAAGUAAAAUGAAAUCCUUGACAACCUCAGUCUCCUCUCUGUUUAUCAUGACGUUGCUUAUUGGCCCAGUUGUGAGGAUUUUUGUUUUCUUUGUGUUGAGGUGUAAUCCAUACUGAAGGCUGUGGUCUUUGAUCUUCAUUAGUAAGUGCUUCAAGUCCUCUUCACCUUAAGCAAGCAAGGUUGUGUCAUCUACAUAAUGCAGGUUGUUAAUGAGUCUUCCUCCAACCCUAAUGCCCCAUUCUUUUUCAUAUAGUCCAGUUUAUUGGAUUAUUUGUUCAGCAUACAGAUUGAAUAGGUAUGGUAAAAGGAUACAACCCUGAUGCACACCUUUCCUGACUUUAAACCAUACAGUAUCCCCUUGUUCUGUUCGAAUGGCUGCCUCUUGAUCCAUGUACAGAUUCCUCAUGAGCAUGAUUAAGUGUUCUGGAAUUCCCAUUCUCCGCAGUGUUAACCAUAAUUUGUUAUGAUCCAUACAGUCGAAUGCCUUAGCAUAGUCAAUAAAACACAGGUAAACAUCUUUCUGGUAUUCUCUGCUUUCAGCCAGGAUCCAUCUGACAUCAGCAAAUGAUAUCCUUGAUUUCAUGUCCUUUUCUAGAUCUGGCUUGAAUUUUUGGCAGUUCCCUGUUGGUAUACUGCUACAGCUGCUUUUGAAUGAUCUUCAGCAAAGUUUUGCUUGCAUAUGACCUUAAUGAUAUUGUUCAAUAAUUUCUACAUUCAGUUGGAUCACCUUUCUUGGGAAUAGGCAUAAAUGUGGAUCUCUUCAGUUGGUUGGCCAGGUAGCUGUCUUCCAAAUUUCUUGGCAUAGACAAGUGAGCACUUCCAGCGCUGCAUCCGUUUGUUGAAACAUCUCAGUUGGUAUUCUGUCAAUUCCUGGAGCCUCGUUUUUUGCCAAUGCCUUCAGUGCAGCUUGGACCUCUUCCCUUUAGUACCAUCGGUUCCUGAUCAUAUGUUACCUCCUGACAUGGUAGAACAUUGACCAGUUCUUUUUGGUAUAGUGACUGUGUAUUCCUUCCAUAUUCUUUUGAUGCUUCCUGUGUUGUUUAAUAUAUUCCCCAUAGAAUCCUUCAGUAUUGGGAUGUGAGGCUUGAAUUUUUUCUUCAGUUCUUUCAGCUUGAGAAAUGCUGUUCUUCCUUUUUGAUUUUCUAUCUCCAGGUCUUUGCACAUGUCAUCAAAAUACUUUGUCUUCUCAAGCCACCCUUUGAAAUCUUCUGUUCAGCUCUUUUACUUCAUCAUUUUUUCCUUUUGCUUUCGCUACUAGAUGUUCAAGAGCAAGUUUCAGAGUUUCUUCUGACAUCCAUUUAGGUCUUUUCUUUUUCUCCUGUCUUUUUAAUGACCUCUUGGUUUCUUCAUGUAUGAUGUCCCUGAUGUCAGUCCAUAACUCGUCUGGUUUUCAGUCAUUAGAGUUCAGUCCAUAACUUGUCUGGUUUUCAGUCAGAGUUCAAUGCAUUAAAUCCAUUCUCGAGAUGGUCUCUAAAUUCAGGUGGGAUAUACUCAAGGUUCGUACUUUGGCUCUCGUGGACUUGUUCUAAUUUUCUUUAAUUUCGCCUUGAACUUGCAUAGGAGUAAUUGAUGGUCUGAUCCAAAGUUGGCCCCUAGUCUUGUUCUGACUGAUAAUAUUGAGCUUUUCCAUUGUCUCUUUCUACAGAUGUAGUCGAUUCGAUUCCUGUGUAUUCCAUCUGGUGAGGUCCACGUGUAUAGUCACCGUUUAUGUUGGUGAAAAAAGGUAUUUGGAAUGAAGAAGUCAUUGGUCUUGAAAAAUUCAAUCGUGAUCUCCAGCAUCGUUUCUGUCACCAAGGGCAUAUUUUCCAACUACUGUUCCUUCUUUUUUGUUUCCAGCUUUUGCAUUCCAAUCACCAGUAAUUAUCAGUGCAUCCUGAUUGCAUAUUUGAUCAAUUUCAGACUGCAGAUGUUGGUAAAAAUCUUCAGUUUCUUCAUCUUUGGUCUUAGUGUUUGGUGCAUAAAUUUGAAUAAUAGUCAUAUUAACUGGUCUUCCUUGUAGGCAUAUGGAUAUUAUCCUAUCACUAACAGUCUUGUACUUCAGGAUAGAUCUUGAAAUGUUCUUUUUGAUGAAGAAUGCAACACCAUUCCUUUUCAAGUUGUCAUUCCUGGGAUAGUAGACCAUAUGAUUGUCCAAUUCAAAGGGACCAAUACCAGUCCAUUUCAGUUCACGAAUGCAUAGGAUAUUAACUUUUAUGUGUUCCAUUUCAUUUUUGAUGGUUUCCAACUGUCCUAGAUUCAUACUUCAUACAUUCCAGGUUUGGAUUAUUAAUGGAUGUUUGCAGCUGUUUCUUCUCAUUUUGAGUCGUGCCAUAUCAGCAAAUGAAGGUCCUUGAAAGCUUGAAUCCAUCCACGUCAUUCAGGCUGACUCUACUUUGAGGAGGCAGCUCUUCCCCAGUCACAUUUUGAGUGCCUUCCAAUCUGAGGGGCUCAUCUGCUGGCACUAUAUCAGACAGUGUUCUGCUAUUCAUAAGGUUUUUACUGGCUAAAUGACAUGUAUAGUAAGGUUUUACACAUAAUAAAGGCAAGCCACAUCCCGUUUAAAUAUAGGAAAGGGUGAUGGGAAGGUUUUUUCCUAAAGUUGGUAUGAGUUAUGAGUCAGCCAAGGGGCCUUAAGAGAAAUUAAGGCUUGGGGCAAGAGGGAAACCCAUUUAGGGAUUUAUUUGUUAUUUUAUAAUUUAAAUAGUUGUUUGAAGAGACCAUUAUGUCUCUCAAGUAAAUUGACUGCCUGGGACCAGUCAGGGAGAUGAAAGUUCCAUUGAAUGCCUUUUUUUCAAGAGCCUUUUUCACUGUAUAUUUUGAGAAGUGAAAUGUAUGCCUUGUUUAUUAUCGAUAAUGUCUGGAACUCUGAAGGUACAGCUUUGUAUUGUGGCCUUAGCAUAUGUAGAGAUAUGUAUGACCUUGUUUAUAUUUUGGCUGUGAGGUAAGAGAUUCCCAGAAUUCUUUGCCUUGAAUGGGGCAGUUCCUGGGCUGUGGCCCAAGAGUUUGUAAAAAAAAAAAAAAAUAUGCAGAUGGGCCAUAUGUCAGCCAGGCCAUCCAGUGCUAAGGUAACUGCCUGAAGUUCAGCCAGUUGUGCAGCCCUUGGUCCCAUUCUUUAUCAGGAGUAUCCUGAUGGGUAAAUGGAAAGCAGCAAUAUCCUGCUGAGCUUCAUAACUUGUGAUGAGGGCAGUGCCAUCUGUACAGUCUAGUAACUCCCAUUGCCCUACACUCAGUUAAUCCCAAGCGACUUCUCAGGUAGCCGAUGCACCUGGGCGAGGGGUGGCCUCUUCCAGCACCAUGGUAUCUGGCAAGGGACUGAGGAUAAGGGAGGCCACCACCUCCUGUAGGUGGAAUAUGCAGAGAGCCCAGGUUUGGCUCCAUCCCAUAUCGAGGAGGACUGGGUAGGCAUGCCGAGAUUGUGGGGUGCUGUUUCUGGGAUGUAAGAUAUAAUGGGCAGGUGGGUCCCAAGCUCAGGGUCUGUGAGAACCUCUAUUUCCAAGAAGCCCAGCAUGCAGUCAGCAAUUGUCACUCUAAUGGUGCAUGGCACAGAGCCGAGAAGGGCAAUUUCUUACAUUAGAAGCCCAUGGGCAACUUGUGACCAACAUAUGUGGUCCAGAGAACCAGGGGGCAUGAGAGGAGGUUCCUAAAGCUCUGCAAUGAAGGAGUCUGCGGGUGCUAACCAGAGUAUCAGCUGAUUUCAAUUUAGAUAGAUUCUAGAGCCUUUUAUUGGAGGGGCCUCAUUCAAGGUGAGCUGCGUUGUAAAUAGCAGCAUCAGUGAGAUUAAGUAAAACUUGUGAGUGAGGAAUGUGUUGCCUUCAGGACAAAAAAACCGAAAAGAUGUUGGACUUGGUGUCCUUAGUGUGUGAAACAAAUCUCCAGGGCAGAUAUCAUUACUGUAAUUGAACCUGUGUUCCUGGAGAAAGAUGGAUGAAGUUAUGAUCUUGGCUGCAAAGAUGGUGUUUGUUGGCAAGGCUGCUGAGAUAACCCAUGGGUAGCCUGUUAAAAGUGUAUGUCCCUUUAGAGGUGAAAGCAAGCUGUGGCUGAGAGCCUGUUAGAAUAGGUGCUAAAUAGAACAUAUUAGCCAAAUCUAUACUAGUAAAAUAUUUAUUAAUUGCUAAUGGGAUGGAGGCAGUCAUUUUAAUAAUAUUGGGUAUGGGGCUUUAAUGGAUGGGGCCAGAGCAUCAAGGCUUCAGUAGUCUAGUGUGACGUGCCAGUUAUCCCUUCCAGGCUUGAGAAUAGACAAAAUUGGGCUGUUAAAUGGGGCAGUAGUGGGGGUAAUCCUCCUUUUCACUAAUUAGGUCUUGUAAGUUUUAAUCCUCGAAGGCCCUGUUUUAACUUUUAUUAAAACCCAUUGCCGUUGAGUUGAUUCCGACUCAUAGUGGCCCUAUAGCAACCCUAUCGACAGAGUAGAACUGCCCCGUAGGGUUUCCAAGAAGUAGCUGGUGGGUUCAAACUGCCUACCUUUUGGUUAGCAGGUGUCAUGGAUUGAAUUGCGUUCCCCCAAAAUAUGUGUCAACUUGGUAAGGCCAUAAUUCCCAGUAUUGUGUGGUGUCCUCCAUUCUGUGAUUUUCCUGUGUGUUAUAAAUCAUAAUCUCUGCCUGCGGUUAAAGAGGAUUAGGGUGGGAUGUAACACCCUUGCUCUGGUCAUUUCCCUGAUCCAAUGUAGUUUCCCUGGGGAGUGGCCUGCACCACCUUUUAUCUUACAAGAGAUAAAAGGAAAGGGAAGCAGGCUGAGAGUUGGGUGGAGGGGGGACCUCAUACCACCAAGAAAGAAGCACCGAGAACAGAGCACGUCCUUCGAACCCUGGGGUUCCUGCGCGGAGAAGCUCCUAGUCCAGGGAAGACUGACAAGGACUUUCCUCCAGAGCUGACAGAGAGAGAAAGCCUUCCCCUGAAGCUCAUGCCCUGAAUUUGCACUUCUAGCCCACUGCACGUAAGAGAAUAAACUUGUUUGUUAAAGCCAUCCACUUGUGGUAUAUCUGUUGUAGCAGCGCUAGAUGACUAAGACAGCAGCCAAAUGCUUAACCACGAGUUUGUGGAGUCCCAUUUUGUCAAGUCAAUUUGUAAGUGUCAAAGUCUCAGUGUUACUUUAUUACUCAUUGUAUCGGUGUCCAUACCCUCUGUUGGUAUUUUAGGGCAAUGGGGGCUAAGAUUAUGGGAAAUUUAGGCAAGGCAAUAGUUUCAAUGGUUAAGAUGAAGCGUAUUUAUUUGUUCCGUAUUUUAUAUUCAAUAAUUUCCCUAAGAUUACAGGUGGUACCCUGUUUAAAUUUAGUGAGAACCCACGUAUAACUAAUUUGAGCCCUGGUUUUAAGUUCAUGAAGGUUUGGCAAUUGGUGUAUUUCAGUAAGAUACUAAAGUUAAUUUAGAAGGUAUACUUUAAUGGCAUAAAAGCCAAUUGGCAUCCUUUAAACUUUUUGCUGUAUAAAUUAUUUUAAUAAAUUUUGGAAUGAAGAUGGCCACCAAAAAAAAACCAAUUGCUGUCAAGUCAGUUCUGACUCAUGGCGACCCCGUGUGUUACAAAGUGGACCUGCUUCAUAUGGUUCAUAUGGUUUUCUUGGCUGCAAUCUUUACAGAAGAAGAUCACCAGACUUCUUACACUGUCCUGCUAGAUGGGUUCAAACUGCCAACCUCUGAAGCUGAAGUGAUGUGAGAGGAUGAAAUCACAGCACAGAACAUGUAGAAGGACAAGGUUAAGGAUGAAACAUGGGCAUUUAUGUGCACCGCUCUUCAUUCAGCAAGUAUGUAUUAAGUACUUGUCCGUAAGGCCUAAAGCACUUGAGAAGAUACACAGACGAGAAAGACACAGUCAUCACUUGGCAUAGGAGAUGUAAAAAUAAUAACUAUAAUACAAGAAGGGGACAAAUACCAUUAAAGAAACAUGUAGGCAUGGAAUUAGGGAAAGCUCCCUGAUGGAGGUGACCAUUUAUCUAGUAAACUGGUCCUUGAAUAGCUAGGGUCUUGACAAGCCCUGAUUGGUGAAGGUAGCAUUCUAAAGACUAGCAGCAGCAAAAGACAAGGGCCAUGAACCAUCAGUGCUGUCUGGAGACAAACUAGUAAUACACUAGGCUUGGGUAAGGUGUGAGAAAGGAAGGUCGGAGCCAUAGCACCGACCUCCUUGAAGGCCCUACUGAGACCUGUUUUGGACUUCUUCUGAGGAACAUCCAACAAGACUGGUCUUUAAAAACCUACCAUCCACAUCUAAUCUUUGAUCACACGUUUUUAAAGUAGGCGCCUUAUAUGGUUUGGUUGUCAGCAAAGAUUAAAUCCACUUUUCAUGGAUUAAGAUUUUCCAGCAUAAAGGACGGCGAAAAUAAUCCUCUGUAUUGGGGAUUUUCUCUUCUCUAGGAAGCAGACACACUCAGGUUUGACAUGUCUGAUUUACGAGCCUGCUAGAUGAAGGAAGAUGUUGGUACUGUCACCGUCCUAAGUAUCCGAAGCCAAUCACCGAGCGCGAGCUGCUCCAGGAGAUCCUCCCCAAAUGACGGCUCCGAGAAGCAGCAGCAGAGUGAGUCCCGCCUGCCCCAAAAAGCACUGUGCUCGAGCGGCGGAAAGGGACGUAGAGCUCGUUGACGUCAGGGUUCGUCUUUGCACAGGAAGAGACCGCGGACAUCUCUUCCAAGGCCCAAGAGUUAGGGACAAAGCUGGGAAAUCAAACCCAGGCCUCAGCUUCUGGGCCACGGAUUCUUCUCGCCUCCCUCGCAGGGUGACAGACCGAGCCCUGCUCUCUGCGUCCGCUGACGCGACUCACGCUAGCGGGUCACGGGAGGGGCUGGCGGGACCAAGGUCGGAAGUUCCUCCCGCCGGGCUCCAGAAAACGCCAGCGACCUGGAGCCGGCGCAGCCGGAAACGGCUCGGGGACGGCGGGGAUUGGACGCAGGUGCGGCCGAGCUCCCGGAAGUGGAGGGUUUUGUUUCCGAGGGGGAGAUCUUCCGAGUCGGACCGGACCGGGGUUGUAAAAUCCUGCUUAUCUAUGAAAUGCAGUUAACACAUCAGCUGGACCUAUUUCCGGAAUGCAGGGUGACCCUUCUCUUAUUUAAAGAUGUAAAAAAUGCUGGUGACUUGAGAAAAAAGGCCAUGGAAGGCACCAUCAGUGGCUCAUUAAUAAAUCCUACGAUGAUUGUUGAUCCAUUUCAGAUACUUGUAGCAGCAAACAAAGCAGUUCACCUCUACAAACUGGGAAAAAUGAAGACAAGAACUUUAUCUACUGAAAUUAUUUUCAACCUUUCCCCAAAUAACAACAUUUCAGAGGCUUUGAAAAAAUUUGGCAUCUCAGCAAAUGACACGUCAAUUCUAAUGGUUUACAUUGAAGAGGGAGAAGAACAAAUAAAUCAAGAACACCUAAUAUCUCAAGUAGAAGGUCAUCAGGUUUCUCUGGAAAGUCUUCCUGAGAUAACAAAUAUUACAGAAGUCAGAAAGAUAUAUAAGCUAUCUUCCCAAGAAGAAAGUAUUGGGACAUUAUUAGAUGGUAUCAUUUGUAGAAUGUCAACAAAAGAUGUUUUAUGAACUGUUAGAAAUACCAAAAUUUUGAGCAUUUAAAAAAAAAAUUUGGUUUUCCUUCCUCAUAACAUUAAUAUAUGUUCAUUGUAGAAAAAUUUAAAAACAUAGAAUGGUAUAAAGAAGGAAAAAAAAAAAAAACCCUAGUCUUCCCUCUUUUAAUAUUUUAAAAGAAAAACUACUUUUACUGUUAUUCUGUAUCCAUUCAAAUAUAUUUUAUUUUUAUAUAACUGGAAUAAUAAUUGCAGGCCUUUAUUGAAUACUUAUAUGAGGUUCUUGAUUUAGUGAUUUUAUUUCCAUCAGCUCAUAUCCUUGCCCUUACAUGUGGCUACUCUUCCAUUAGCUGUCUCAUCCCCUGGUAUUUGUCUGAUCCUGGUUCUGAGUCUCUUAUGUACAAGAAUUCAUUUAAUUCUUAUAACAACCUAAUAAGGUAGAUACUGUUAUCAUCCCCAUUUUCCACAUGAAGUAACUAAAACAUUACUGAAAUAUUUAAGUAACUUGCCCAAGGUCAUACAGCUAGUAUGGAAUCAUACUUAUACAUGGUCUGACAUUUUUCUUUCUCACUUUAUCUUAUAUUUUGAUUGGGUCAGUCAGAAUAGGCUGGGUCAGAGGUCAGCAAACUCUGAAUAUUUUUGGCUGUGUGAGCCAUACAGUCUCUGUUGCAGCUGCUCAACUCUGCCAUGGUAGUGCAAGAGCAGCCAUGGACGAUGCAUAAAUGAUGAGCAUGACUGUGUUCCAGUAAAAUUUUAUUUUUAGAAACAAGUGGCAGGCAGGAUAUGACCUGUGGGCCAAAGUGUGUGGACUCUGGGUUAGGUUCGACUGCAGUUACAAACAGCCCCUGACGCUAUAUGGCUUGGCACAAGAAUGUAUGUCUUGCUCACUCUGCAUGUUGAGCGUGAAUCAGCAGGAGGACAUUGUGGUGGCUCAGGAGCCCAGUCCGCUGGAAGCAUCAUCUCAAGGUGUGUGCUGCUAUCACUGCACAGCUGGAUGAACCACACGGUCACUUUUAAAACUUCCUGGAAGUGACAGGCGUCACUUACCUCAUGUUUCAUCAGCCAAAGCAAGUCACAUGAUUACGCCAACUUCAAAAGGGGAUGCUGGAAAGUGGAGAAGUAGAACCCUUUGGUAACAAACUAAUGUUUUCCAUCAUGAUCAUAAAUAAUAAAGUACAUAGUUAACAUUUCCUGAGUGCUUACAAUACUCCAGGCACUGUGCUAAGCACUUUAGAUGCAUAUCUUGUUUCGUCCUCACUACAACCCUAAGUGGACUAAUAAGCAACAUCAUGAUAAACAGAAAAGAUUGUCAAGGACUUUGUUUUACUUGGGUCCACAAUCGACACCCAUGGAAGUAGAAGCCAAGAAAUCAAACGACGUACUGCAUUGGGCAAAUCUGCUACAAAAGUCCUCUUUAAAGUGUUAAAAAGCGAAGAUGUUGCUUUGAGGACUAAGAUGCACCUGACCCAAGCCAUGGUGUUUUCAGUUGCCUAACCUGCAUGUGAGAGCUGGACAGUGAAUAAGGAAGACCGAAGAAGAAUUGAUGCCUUUGAAAUUACGGUGUUUGCGAAGAAUAUUGAAUAUACCAUGGACUGCCAGAAGAAAGAACGAAUUUGUCUUGGAAGAAGUACAGCCAGAAUGCUCCUUAGAAGCAAGGCUGGCAAGACUUCGUCUCACGUACUUUGGGCGUGUUGUCAGGAGGGACCAGUCAUGAUUGGUGAGGUAGAGGGUCAGCGAAAAAGAGGAAGACUAUUGACAAUAUGAAUCGACACAGUGGGUGUAACAGUGGGCUCAAACAUAGCAAUGAUGGUGAGAACGGCGCAGGACCAGGCAGUAUUUUGUUCUGUUGUACAUAGGGUCGUUAUGAGUUGGAACCGACUCAACCACAUCUAACAACAACAACCAUAAGAGAUUUUACAAGUGAGGAAACAUAUUUAGUCUCAAUGUUUUAUUUCAAAAAAUUUCAAAUGUACUUAUCAAUUGAAAGUACUGCAGUGAGUACUCAUGUCCCCUUCACAUGAAUUCCCCAUUUGUUUUUAUGUGGCUCCAUUGGUUUGCUCUCAUUCUCUCCUCCUGUCUGUCUAUAUCUAUGUCGUUCUACACACACACUUUUUUUUUUUUUUAGCUGAACUAUUUGAAAGUUGAAGAUACCAUGACACUUCACCUUACUUUGGCGUGUCUCCCCUAAGAACAAGGACCCUGCCUAUAUAAAUAACCACAGUACUAUUAUUAUGCCCAAUAAUUUAAUAUUGAUACAGUUAUCCAAUAUGCAUCCAUAUUCAAAUCUCCCCCCCAAAUGACCUCUGUGCUACCCUCCCGCCCCGACCUCCCCAUCCAAGAUUCAGUCAAGGGUUAUGCAUUGUGUUGUCACUUAGUCUCUUUUAAUCUAGAACAAUAUUAUUUUUAAUGACAUUUUUUGAAGAGUACACCAGAUGUCUUUCAGAAUUUCCCACAAUCUGGGUUUGUUUAUGAUUACAGUCAGUUUAAAUAUUUUUGGCAAGAAGAGCAAAUGGAUGAUUUUGUGUCCUUCCCAUUAUGUCUCAUUGGGAGGCACAUAAUUAAUGCCAGUUGGUCCAGUUACUGGUGAUGUUAAGUUUGGUCACUUGGCCAGGAUGGGUUCCCUCACAUCUCUCCAUAGUAUGGGUUGUCAUUUUCCCUCAAGUUUAGAGAGUGAUGGUGCCCAAGAGGUCAGAGUAAGUGCUGUGGUCAAGGUUAAAACUCAGAUCAGAGUGACUCCAGAUCCUGUGUUCUCAGUGACUUCACCACACUGCCUGUUCCUGUGCCGUCACCCUCAAAAAGACAUCCUUGCAAUCCAUAUGUAACAUAGCACAUAAGUAACCUAUUUUCAUACUUUUAUGUUGCUUUCAAUUUCUCACUUUUACAAUUUUGCAAAUAAAUCUUUGCACGUUUCCAUUUCCUUAAGCUAGUUUCCCCAUAGUGAGAUUAUUGGAGGAAGAGGGUAUGAACUCUUGAAAGGUGUCAUUUUGCACCCCCAAGAGCAGUGUAUACACAUGCCUAUCUCACAGCAGUCUUGCCAGCGAUGUCUUUAUGAUAUUUUUGCCAAUUUGAGAGAUUGGACUACUGGUGAAGUUGAACUCAUGUUUCAGUUUAUAUGUUAAGAAGAGGCUUUUUAAAGGUUUAAUUUUUGUAACUAUGAUGUUUUUAACUCCUUUUGAGUCUUUGGGUCAAGAGGAAAAAGAAAAGUAAUGUCAUUUCCAGGGAAAAGUUAACAUUAGCUCUACCAGGCUUUUAGAAAGAGUAGUUUUGAGACAGUUUGGGAACACACGGUGUUGGUUAUAUUAACCAGGUAGUUCUAGGAUCAAAAUGCUCCCCCGUGUCUCUCCACUCACAAAAGCAGUCUCCUGGAAGAGAAAGGAAUGCAGUUGGGUAGAUUACAUGUAUUUGGUUCAUUAGUCAAGUUCAGAUUAAAACAAAAAGCCAGUAGUCUCUGGUGUGCUGGGAUAAGGUAGGGGAGUAACUACGAUGUAAAUGGCUUUAACACUCCCACCCUCUCACCCCACUCCCCCAUCCCACACAUUCCACAGAACCACAGGACCUGCUCAUCAGCCCUGAGCCUUCAUUUUAGGUUGUAGCCCAGUGGCUCACAGGCUCUAUUUCAGGCCUCCUGUGGCCUUCUUCAUUCUAUUCUACCUCUUGAUGACAGAAUUCUGCAGCUACUUCUUUGCAACCAAGACCAAAUCAAACCAGUUACCGUCAACUAGAUUCCAACUCAUGUUGACCCUAUGUGUGUGGACUAGAACCAUUCCGUAGGGUUUUCAAAGUUCUGACUUUUCAGAAGGACGUUACCAGGCAUUUCUCCCUUGGCACCUCUGGGUGGGUUCAAACCACCAAUGUUCCAGUUAGUAGACUAGGGCUUAACUGUUUGUGCCACCCAGGGACUCUUACCUUUGUCUGCAAACCCCCAAAUCAGCUUUUUUGCUGCUGGGACCUCUGCUGGAGUUGCAGCCGCAUCCCUGCUCUUGGCUUUGUUUUGCAGGCUUCAAUGGCACUCUGCGCUCACUGAUCACAAUGUAGAGUAAAGCAUAACCUUCUAGGUUGGUUGGUCUCAGAAUAAGCAAAGUUUUUUAUUCAUCUGAGGUACCUGUUCUUGAGUGUUUCAUAACCCUUGUGCCAGGUAUCUUCUGUCUUCCCCUCCAGAUCACUCUCCAAUCUUUCCCACCUUGUUCUCCGUCCAUGCGCCACAGCAACGGACCCCCUUGGCCCUUGGCUUCCACUUGGAUUUGGCCAGUGGAGGGAGACCUAGCUGGAGACUGGAGGGAGGAGAAGAGUGAGGCCAGAGUAUUUAUUCCCUUGGUCCCUUCUGUGCAAGAUCCCCUGGACUGGCUGUGUCCCUAGACCUCCACUCAGGGCAGCCUGCUCCACUCAAUUAGGUUCCUGUAUCCUCUCCCUUCCACCUCACUUCAGGCCUAUGGACAGUAACACUCCUGGUCCUAUACCAUCUAUUGUUCCCUUAUACCCACCCACACCUUCAUCAUCAGUCCCUUUGAUUAUAUUUAUAAAAUCUACUUGAAUUAUCCCAAUUUGAGUGUUGGGACCUAAUAUCCUCUCCCUUUCUCAGAGAAUUUGUUAAAGGUUAGAGACCAUUUGUUUUCUAUAGAGCUGCAACAAUUGUCCUAGGAUUUCUGAACAUCUUACCAAAGAUGACUUAUUUAUUGACUUUCUUUCCUCUUAAAAUGGUUCACCAUUAUUUCUGCUUCAUCCACCUAUCUCCUUAAAUUAUGAGUUCCUAGGGGCUGUCAGAGCACUUAUCUGAAGCUAGGUUAUUGUGAGCCCUGAUUAGAGAUCAGGGGAGAUGAUAGUCUUUCUAGGAACCUGAGUUGAAUGAACUUGAAUUGAUUUUUCUCUUCUUCAUGAGACUUCCAGAAUGUAUUACCACUUGGUUUUCUACCUUCCAUCUCAUUGGCCCAUUUCUGGACUGGGCUUUGUGCUGCCCAAAGGUCCAAUCAAAGAAUGUUCUUCACAGAGCAAACAUGGGACUUCAUUGAUAAAAAAAAAUAUAAGCUCCUCUCAAAUCCUACAGCUCUUGGAAUUACAGUGAUUCCAAAAUACAGUAAACUAUCUACUGUAACUAGGUCCCUUCCAGAGCGUUUGUUAUUGUUCACGCCUAUUUUUUAGUGUAAAUAACUAACAAGUUAACAGCUAAUUGUGAUACAAGUAACAGCAAUAACACACGUAUUUAAUAAGAAGUGCAAAAGCUACUCAGGUUCAAAGGAGGGAACAGAUAGAAGAUUGACCUGGCUGGGAGUGGUCAGAAGUGUUAAUGGAGCACUGAGUUGGAUCUCGAAGAGAGAACAGAGCAUUAGUCACAUACUGGGAUUUGCCAAGUAUGGCCUGACCACUGGCAAUAGGAUGGAUACGAUGGAGAGCUGAGCAUCAAAACACAGACCCACUCCAGGGAUAUGGCAGGAAAGUUUCAGUCUGGCAGUGAGCAAUGGGUGGCUCAGAGUAGGGCAAAGAACAGUGUUGGGGAGUUAGGGCAGUAUUUGCCUGAGGACAGAUGGUCAGCAAUGGGUAAGUAGACUGUUAGAUGUCCGUGGCUGGGGUUGAGUCUAGCAGAAGAGCUCAGUCUUAGGGAAUAAUAAAAGCAAGACAAGUCUUCAGUCUUGGCACAGGCAAAAGCACUUGGCAAGAAAGGAGAAAUUGUGGGGAAAGAAGAAAAGAGGAGAGGGAACAGCAUGGACAAAGGUAAACAGCAGGAAGGCAUGAGAUUGGCUGGGGAACUAGAUCAUGUAAUGGACUAGGAAUAAAGGAGAAAAGAUCUUGUGAAGAGUGGAUUGGGAGUCACAGUUUUCCAGCUUGGUGCUCAUUGUAAGAGAGGGAAUCUGCAAAGAUCUGCGUUCCAAGUGAAUUCUCAUGUAAAUCUUGGCUUACUUAUUAUUGGAUCAGCACCUAGAGUAGAGCCUGGCACAUUAUAUGUUUAAUAAAUACUCAUUAAGUCAAUAAGUGUUGAAAAAACCAAUAUGAAGCAACAUAAUUCAAGAGCAUAUUUCUAAGAGAAAAAUGCAGAGCUAAGCAUUAUAAAAAAGAAGGGGACUGCUGAGUAUGAUGUGGUCUAUUAAAAGAUGAUCCGGUGACACUGAGCACUAAAAAGUGGAGGGUGAUGGAGUGAUAAGGCCCUGUCUUAGGCUGGGUUCUUGAGAGAGACAAAACCAGUGCAGCAUAUAAAUAUACAUUAAAAACAAACAAAAAACUCGCAGGUAUUAAGUUGAUUCCAACUCAUAGUGACCCUAUAGGACAGAGUAUAACUGCCCUAUAGGGUUUCCAAGGAGUGCCUCGUGGAUGUGAACUGCCAACCUUUUGGUUAGCAGCUGAACUUUUAAUCACUACCCCACCAGGGUUUCCAGACAUGGGGUCAGAAGGUCCUAAUUGAAAUUUUCUUGGUUCUCCAAGAUUAAUAAAACCCAGUUUUAAAGGACUUUUAUAAUGACAUGGGGUUGAUGCCUGACCUCCUCUAACCUCACAAGGGGGAAGGAGAAUCAAGAUUAACAGCCCAAGGCUGAUUUGUACGAGGCAGAGGUCAGACAUGCCUCCUCUCUCUGCCAUCUUUAACAAUUCUGACACCAACUGUCCCUCCCACGGCACUGUCUACUUCUCUGCUGGGUUUGAUAAUUCAUUGUAAUGGCCACACAGAACUCACAGACAGUAGUGACGAUUAUUGGGUUUAUUAGGGAAGUUAUAGGUUACAAUUCAGAUAUAGAAACACUCAGGAUACAGUUCUUCCAUCAGGACAGCCUCUUCUCAGCAGUGCCCACAGGUUUGCCUCUCCGCCCCCUUGGCCUCUGCCCUACUCUGGCGAGUGUUACAAAGCUCUUUUAGUUUUGUCAAUAAGUGCCUGGAGGCAUCCUACUCUGCCAGUAAGCCUCGGCCUGAAGGUGCUCAGCUCUAGCUCCAUGGGUUGGCAAGCCUAGCUCCACUAAGUGCCUGGAGGCACCCUACUCCACAAGCAAGCUUCCUGCCCAAGGGCACUCAACUCUAGCUCUGUGGGCCAGGAAGCCCAAUGCGCCGUCUCCUGCUGUCCUUUGCUGCUGCUGUUUGUGUUCCCACUUCUCGUUGUCUUCAGUGUUAUAGCUCUCUCUCUCUCUUUUGGUCUUUUUGUUCCAGGAGAUUCUGUGCAGGGAUCCUGGGUCCAAAGGCUGUGCUCUGCUCUUGGCUCUUCUUCCUUGGUGGUGGUGAGAUCCUCUCCUUCCCACCUUUGGGAUGGCUCAUUUUAAGCCUAGUGAGAUGGCAAGACUGACCAAACCCUUUGCUAGUGUUCCAUAGACCUCAUUUGCCUGGUGAUUGGGUGGGAGUUAUAAGACCAUGGUGAGAGGCCAUAUAAAAGUGAUCUAGGGGGCGGAGCCAAGAUGGCGGACUAGGCAGACGCUACCUCGGAUCCCUCUUACAACAAAGACACGGAAAAACAAGUGAAUCGAUCACAUACAUAACAAUCUACGAACCCUGAACAACAAACAAAGAUUUAGAGACGGAGAACGAACUAAUAUGGGGAAGCAGCGAUUGUUUCCAGAGCCUGGAGCCAGCGUACCAGUCAGGUACGGCACAAGCACAGAGAGCGGCUCCACCCCCCUGAACUUACCCCGGGAGGGGGACCAGCCAGUUCCACGGGCGGCGUGGGACGCAGCCAGUAGGAGAAGUCCCCGGGAGGCAGUGACUGGUCUUGGAGCAGAAAGAGCAGCGUCCGAGCUGGGGAAUCGUCCCGCAGGGAUUUGGACUGGACACAGGUAUGGCAUAAACACGGAGAGUUGCUCCACCCCCCUGAACUAACCCCGGGAAGGGGACCAGCCGGGUCGCGCGGGCGGCGUGGAACGCAGCCGGUAGGAGAAGUCCCUGGGAGGCAGCGACUGGUAUUGGAGCGGGGAGAACAGCGUCCCAGCCGGAACACUCAGUCACGGCACAAACACGGGGACCUGCUCCACCCAUCUGAAGUAACCCCGGGAGGAGGCCUAACUGGUUCUCGGAGGCGGCACGACCACGUGGCUGGAGGGACGAGAAGUCCCCGGGAGGCAGCGACUGAUUUUGGAGUCGAGAGUGCACCGUCCCAGUAGGGGAGCCUUGACGCUGGGCGUGGGGCUGGAAGCGGAGGAUCUGACCGUGACUCCAGCGGGCCAGACCCCCCGGGGGCAAUCUCCACACAGCCAGCACACAUAGGCGACGCGCCCCGCGGGAAUCUCAGAUAUAAUAGUCAUUCCAAGCAAGACAAGCAACUCUGGCUAUAUUCUGAGGUGCUACUCUCCUAUCUCUCUGUUCCCUCCCCCACCCUCCCCAGGCGGCUUCA